AGACGGGAAGAGAAACGACUUGACUUUUCCCGACGACCGAUUCCCCUGCGUUGAUGGCUAAGCGUGAAGCAGAAGGCAGCAGAAGGCAGCACCUUCGGGAGUCCUCCAUCUCGAGCCUCGACGAUUCGUCCAUACAUCCACCGACUCCAGGCGGACUGAUUAUUUCUCGGGAGUAGAGAGAACGAGCUCCGACGAAAGCGGAGAUUUCUCUGGGUCCUUCUCAAGAAUUGAACGCGGGUACCAAUCGGAGGGUGGUAGAGUUGAAAAGAAGAGAGGAGGAGGGCACGCUAGAUCUCGAUCCUCGCUUGGAGCGAUGGCGAGGAAUUUCUGCGACGCGAGGAUCCUUCUUCUCGCCGCAGCGGCCGCCUUCAUUUUCAUCCAGAUGCGUCUUUUUGCAACACAGUCGAAGUAUGCAGACCGUCUCGCAGCAGCUGUGGAAUCUGAGAAUGGGUGUACAAGUCAAAUGCGGUCAUUGAUCGAUCAAAUAAGCAUGCAGCAGGGAAAGAUAGUUGCUCUAGAAGAAGAAAAAAGGCGCCAAGAUGAGGAGUUUGGGCAAUUGAAGGCUCUUAUCCACGAACUUGAAAGAAAAGGCAUGAACCAGCUGUUUAAUACAAUAAAGGAGCCAGUGGCUGCUGUUGUGAUAAUGGCUUGUAAUCGUCCUGAUUAUUUAGAAAGGACAGUUCAAUCCAUACUGAAGUAUCACAAUCCUGUUGCUUCAAAGUUUCCACUUUUUAUAUCUCAGGAUGGAACGAAUCCAGAUGUCAAAAGUAAAAGUCUAAGUUAUGGUGAAAUACAAUAUAUGCAGCAUCUGCAACUUGAACCAGUGAAAACAGAAAGGCCUGGUGAAAUUAUUGCAUAUUAUAAAAUCGCAAAUCACUACAAGUGGGCCUUGGAUCAACUAUUUGGGAAGUAUAAUUUCUCACAUGUAAUUAUAUUAGAAGAUGACAUGGAGAUUGCCCCAGAUUUCUUUGAUUAUUUUGAGGCAGCAGCGAAGCUCCUGGAGAAGGAUAAAACAAUUAUGGCUGUUUCUUCUUGGAAUGACAAUGGACAGAGGCAGUUUGUAAAAGAUCCUGAAGCUCUUUACCGCUCAGAUUUUUUUCCUGGACUUGGAUGGAUGCUGUCAAAGUCUAUAUGGGAUGAAUUGUCCCCAAAAUGGCCAAGAGCUUACUGGGAUGAUUGGCUGAGAUUGAAAGAGAACCACAAGAACCGGCAGUUUGUCCGCCCGGAAGUUUGCAGAACAUACAAUUUUGGGGAACAUGGUUCAAGCAUGGGACAGUUCUUCAGGCAGUACCUGGAACCAAUCAAGUUGAAUGAUGUUCAUGUGGACUGGAAGUCUAUGGAUUUAAGUUAUCUAUUGGAGGGAAAUUUUCUGAAGCAUUUCAGUUCGCUUGUAUCAAAUGCUACCCUUGUUCAAGGAACUAAUGUUGUGUUGAAGGCUUACAACAUUGAUGGUGAUGUCCGGAUACAAUAUAAGGAUCAGGGGGAAUUUGAGCAAAUUGCACGCCAAUUUGGAAUUUUUGAAGAAUGGAAGGAUGGAAUACCCAGAACUGCAUAUAAAGGAGUAGUUGUGUUUAGAUGGCAGACUGCAAGACGGAUAUUUCUUGUGGGCCCAGAUUCCCCUCAGCAGCUUGGGAUCAAAAGCUUGUAAUUAGAAAAACUGGUUGUCUGCACCACAACGGAACUGCAUCACAUAUGAAACCAAGAUGUUUCUUACGCAGGUUCCUGCUGACAGAUGAUUUCCCGUGGGACUGUAGUUUUCAUGGCUCGACGAGAAAUGGGUGAUUUUUUCUGGUAUGAUCAUGUAAAGCUUGUUGCCACAUGUAUUUGCUUAUGUGAUUCACAAUUCCUUGAGACUACGAGGUGCUUGGUCAGUCUCAAGGUUUUCAACGUGAUACAUGUCCUGCCAGUUUAGGAAAUUUUGGUUCCCUUGACAGGGAUUCAUGUAUGAACGAGGGAUCACCAUUUUCCGGAAAUUUUGUUUCUUUGUUCAUUUCUAUGACAGGGAAUCAUGUCUGAACGGGGGAUCCAAUAUCACUCAACAUGUUGGACUUCUUCUUGUGCAAAUAAGAACUAAUUCCCCCUGCUUUCCUUUUCCCCA